AUGCUCUUUGACUAUCGAAAGGCAUUCGAUCCUGCCGAUCACCUCACUUUGGCGGAUAAGAUUACCAACAACCUAUCCCAAAGGCUAUUUAUUAUUCACUGGACAAUCGAUUUUUUGAUGAACAGUAAACAGCGCGUAAAAUGUACCAUACUUGAAGCAUAGCCGAAAUCAUAUCUCAUCAUUUGCACCUGUUAUUUAUUCUAAUUUGUAUUAAAUUUUUACAGAUAUAACUCUCAGGAUUCAAGGAUCCAAUGGCUAUGGACGUGUGGAAAUAUUACACAAUGGGCAAUGGGGAACAAUUUGUGAUGAUAGUUGGGAUAUAAAUGACGCUAGGGUUGUAUGUCGUCAACUUGGUUAUCCAUAUGCUGUAAAAGCUCUUCAAGGAGGUCAGGUCCCCCCUGGCAAUGGACAGAUAUGGUUAGAUGAUGUCCGUUGCACUGGUAGUGAACGAAAUUUGACCAAUUGUCAUCAUCAAGGAUGGGGAACUCAUAAUUGUCGCCAUGGUGAGGACGCUGGAGUUGAAUGUUCAACAG